GCGCAGGCCUCUCGCUGAUUGGUUGCGGCGGAUGCCUCGCGGGCCGGUGGCUAUGGAGGCGGCGGCGGUUGAUGGUUGACCGUUGGCUCCGGGGUAGGGGUCGCCGUUCGAGUGAUCUGCUCAGACCCGACCAGAGGGCGCGGGCUGCUGAUGCUUGGCUUGGAGCCCGUGGGGGAGACCUAGUUCGGCUCCGCCAUGCCGGCCGCCGGGAGUAACGAGCCGGACGGCGUCCUCAGCUAUCAGAGACCAGAUGAAGAAGCUGUGGUGGAUCAGGGUGGGACCAGUACAAUUCUCAACAUUCACUAUGAAAAAGAAGAGCUGGAAGGUCACAGAACUCUAUAUGUGGGAGUUCGGAUGCCGCUUGGCCGGCAGAGCCAUCGGCAUCACCGCACUCAUGGCCAGAAGCACCGGAGACGAGGGCGGGGCAAAGGAGCCAGCCAGGGGGAGGAAGGCCUGGAAGCCCUGGCCCACGACACACCAUCUCAGCGUGUUCAAUUCAUUCUUGGCACCGAGGAAGAUGAAGAGCAUGUGCCUCAUGAGCUCUUUACAGAGCUGGAUGAGAUCUGUAUGAAAGAGGGAGAAGAUGCUGAGUGGAAGGAAACAGCCAGGUGGCUGAAGUUUGAAGAAGAUGUUGAAGAUGGGGGAGAACGCUGGAGCAAGCCUUAUGUGGCAACCCUUUCAUUGCACAGCCUGUUUGAGCUAAGGAGCUGCCUUAUUAAUGGAACAGUCCUCCUGGAUAUGCGUGCAAAUAGCAUAGAAGAAAUUUCAGACCUGAUCCUGGAUCAGCAAGAACUGUCCAGUGACCUGAAUGACAGCAUGAGGGUUAAAGUGCGGGAAGCCCUUCUCAAAAAGCAUCAUCAUCAGAAUGAAAAGAAGAGAAACAACCUCAUUCCCAUUGUUCGCUCCUUUGCUGAGGUUGGCAAGAAGCAGUCUGAUCCUCAUUUGAUGGAUAAACAUGGUCAAACCGUGUCUCCUCAGUCUGUUCCAACUACAAAUCUUGAAGUAAAAAAUGGAGUGAAUUGUGAACAUAGUCCUGUGGAUUUAAGCAAGGUAGACCUUCAUUUCAUGAAAAAAAUUCCUACUGGGGCCGAGGCCUCCAAUGUCCUGGUUGGAGAGGUGGAUAUUUUGGACCGUCCCAUUGUUGCCUUUGUGAGGCUGUCUCCAGCUAUUCUUCUCUCAGGCCUAACAGAAGUGCCAAUCCCAACAAGAUUUUUGUUUAUCUUAUUGGGUCCAGUAGGGAAAGGUCAGCAGUACCAUGAGAUUGGCAGAUCCAUGGCCACCAUCAUGACAGAUGAGAUUUUUCAUGACGUAGCAUAUAAGGCAAAAGAGCGAGAUGAUCUCCUGGCGGGGAUUGAUGAGUUCCUAGACCAGGUGACGGUGCUCCCUCCAGGAGAGUGGGAUCCCUCCAUUAGAAUUGAGCCACCCAAAAAUGUCCCUUCCCAGGAGAAAAGGAAAAUGCCUGGAGUUCCAAAUGGAAAUGUUUGCCACAUAGAACAGGAACCACAUGGGGGUCACAGUGGGCCAGAACUUCAGCGCACUGGACGGCUAUUUGGGGGCUUGGUGCUGGACAUCAAGCGGAAGGCCCCCUGGUACUGGAGUGACUACCGGGAUGCACUCAGCUUACAGUGUUUGGCUUCCUUUCUGUUCCUGUACUGUGCCUGCAUGUCACCUGUCAUCACCUUUGGGGGAUUGCUUGGAGAAGCCACUGAGGGACGCAUAAGUGCAAUUGAAUCCUUGUUUGGAGCUUCCAUGACUGGGAUUGCUUAUUCCUUGUUUGCGGGACAGGCUCUCACCAUCCUGGGAAGUACUGGACCAGUGCUUGUGUUUGAAAAGAUUUUGUUCAAAUUCUGCAAAGACUAUGCUCUUUCAUACCUCUCCCUGCGAGCUUGUAUUGGACUGUGGACCGCUUUCCUGUGUAUUGUCCUUGUGGCAACUGAUGCCAGUUCCCUUGUCUGCUACAUUACCCGUUUCACUGAAGAAGCAUUUGCCUCCCUAAUUUGCAUUAUUUUCAUCUACGAAGCAAUAGAAAAACUGAUUCACCUGGCAGAGACCUACCCCAUCCACAUGCACAGCCAGCUGGACCACCUUAGCCUCUAUUACUGCAGGUGUACUCUCCCAGAGAAUCCAAACAAUCACACCCUCCAGUACUGGAAGGACCACAACAUCGUGACAGCAGAAGUCCACUGGGCUAACCUGACUGUCAGUGAAUGCCAGGAGAUGCAUGGAGAGUUCAUGGGAUCUGCGUGCGGCCAUCAUGGACCCUACACUCCUGAUGUCCUCUUUUGGUCCUGUAUUCUCUUUUUCACCACCUUCAUCCUCUCAAGCACCUUAAAGACGUUUAAGACGAGCCGUUAUUUCCCAACCAGAGUACGCUCCAUGGUGAGUGACUUUGCUGUUUUCCUCACUAUCUUCACAAUGGUGAUUAUUGAUUUUUUGAUUGGAGUCCCAUCACCAAAGCUUCAAGUUCCCAGUGUGUUCAAGCCAACAAGGGAUGAUCGCGGAUGGAUUAUUAAUCCCAUUGGCCCCAAUCCCUGGUGGACUGUGAUAGCUGCAAUUAUCCCAGCUCUUCUCUGUACUAUCUUGAUAUUCAUGGAUCAGCAGAUCACGGCCGUCAUUAUUAACAGGAAGGAACAUAAGCUCAAGAAAGGCUGUGGCUACCACCUGGACCUACUGAUGGUGGCCAUCAUGCUGGGUGUCUGCUCCAUCAUGGGCCUGCCCUGGUUUGUAGCUGCAACUGUCUUGUCCAUCACACAUGUGAACAGCCUCAAGCUAGAAUCUGAGUGCUCUGCUCCUGGAGAACAGCCCAAGUUCCUGGGCAUCCGAGAACAGAGAGUGACAGGCCUUAUGAUCUUUGUGCUGAUGGGCUGCUCAGUCUUCAUGACGGCUAUCUUAAAGUUUAUUCCAAUGCCGGUACUCUACGGAGUUUUCCUCUACAUGGGAGUUUCUUCACUACAGGGAAUUCAGUUCUUUGAUCGUCUAAAGCUCUUUGGGAUGCCCGCAAAGCACCAGCCAGAUUUCAUCUACCUGCGGCAUGUGCCGCUGCGCAAAGUGCACCUCUUCACCCUCAUCCAGUUGACCUGUCUCGUCCUGCUCUGGGUCAUCAAGGCAUCUCCAGCUGCCAUUGUUUUCCCAAUGAUGGUUUUGGCCUUGGUCUUUGUCAGGAAAGUCAUGGAUCUCUGUUUCUCUAAGCGAGAGCUGAGCUGGUUAGAUGAUCUCAUGCCUGAAAGCAAAAAGAAGAAGUUGGAUGAUGCCAAAAAGAAGGCCAAGGAGGAAGAGGAGGCCGAGAAAAUGUUAGAAAUUGGGGGAGACAAGUUUCCCUUAGAGAGCAGGAAGUUACUAAGUAGUCCUGGAAAGAACAUCAGUUGCAGAUGUGACCCCUCUGAGAUUAAUAUAUCUGAUGAAAUGCCUAAAACUACAGUUUGGAAAGCUCUCAGUAUGAAUUCUGGAAAUGCAAAGGAAAAGAGUCUCUUCAACUAAGAGUCUUUGCUGGGAUGGAAGAUUUGGGCCGUGUGGUGCCUCAGGGAAGUUCUGGUUACAGAGAAAAUGGCGAGUCUCUCAGAGAAGAAGCAAGACCAAGUCUGGCCCUGUCCUUGGUCAUCUCAAAGCCAUGCCGAAGCAUUCAGUUAUUCUUGGUGUGCAUUGGAGGGCAUCCAGCUAUCCCCAUACCAGCAGCCAGUCACCAGAUGUGAACGUGGAAGCAGAAGACCACCUCCUGUUGGUUCUUCUCCUCUUCCUUCUUUUUCUCUUUGGAACGGCCACCAUUGAAGACCUAGCUUCCCAUUUUCCAGACGUUUUCUCUGAAAUUCUCUGCUGGCCUGCCAAGCCAUAUGGAUUCAUUCUGCCACUGAGGAGUCCUUCAGUGAGGUCCCUCUUCCUAAAGGACAGAGUGGGGAGUAGGAGAGGAACAGAGAGGACAUCCUCUCUGGCUCUCCAGUGCUCUUAGUGUCUACAGGCUCCUAGGCAGCCCUGGGCCUUGGUUUGAUUACCUCCUCUGGGGGAUGCUGGUCAGACCCAGAGGUUGUCAGGAGGUCAGCUACCAGGAAGAUCCAUGAUCUGGGCAUUGGCAGUGCCUGCCACCACAGCCAGGAAGAUGCCUCUGACCUGGGUGCAUCUCCAUCACUCCUUAGCAGCAGCCUGCAUAACUGGCAAGAAUCUUGGAUGAUACAAGAACCAAGAAGGGACAUUUGAGUUGUGUCGCUUAGAUAGGAAAGGGAUCCAGGGAAAAUCAACAGUAAGUGAGGAUGAGCAGCGUCUCUUGGUUUUCAUUGAGGAUAGAGUAAGAGAUUGAGUUUAGAUUGCAACAGAAGGAAUUAGUUUAGAUACCAGGAAGGACUUCCUAGCCUGAAGAUUUGUCAUAGUGUCUGCUUUCUAGAUAUCUGGGAAAGAUUUGAUAAUAGUUGUUUGUGAAUAGAAAGGAGGAUAUGAUGUUUUUAUUGGCCAUUUUGCGGGACUCUUCGACUUCUUGCUGCUGUCUCUUGAGGAUACAUUCCAAUUCCAUCCUGGCGAGAUCCAAGUGCUUACGUACUGUCUCCUUAGCUGCCUUAGUAGUAAACGAUCAUCAGUUCAAUGGACCAAAAUCACCUUCAGCCAUGUGGUUUCUUCAUCAUCAUGGAUUUCUUUUGGUUGACAAACAUUCUGGCUCUCAGAUGCAAAAAGUCACACUGGGAAAUGAACUGUAAGUGGUGAAAUUAGUUUUGGUAUCUAAUUUAAGACUACAUUUAUAGUUUUUCUCUUCUCUUCUAUGUUGCAAUGAAUGUAAAGUAUUUGGGAUCCAGUGCUUAUAAACCUUUCCUUCCUUUGUGCACAGAAUGUAACUAGCAAGCCCAUUAGCACCCAGAUAAUUCUAUCAUGUUAGUUUUCCAUCCUGGAAAAUCUUUGUACAGUGGGAAGUUCCCGAUGUGUUUUUCUUUCUUAGGUGAAGGGUUGGCUAUAUCACUUUAUUGAAUUUUGCAUUCCUUAGACUUUUAAAAUAUACUAAUGUAUUCUAGUCUUACUCUAAAGACCUUUGAUGUUAAAGGAAUCCUUCAUUUAUUUCAUAUUCCCUAUCUCAUAGGGCCACAAUUAUUUUAAUACAGAGAUGAUUUUCAAAAUAUUUUAACAACUGGUACAGGACAGAUGCCAGCCACUCAGAAGGGAUGCCUGCUGUAAACAAGCAGUAUGUAUGGUUGUACCAAUGCCUAUUGGCUGAACAUUAUGCUACUUUCAGAUAUUAAAAUGAUGUUCCUUUGAAUCGUGGGUAUUGUUCCUGGUUUGUCUCAUUUCUAUCACAAGGCUGUUUUGGGCACAGCCUUAGCUUCCUUUCAUAUAUAUAUGGUGCAGACAGGAUAGGUCAUGCUUCUUAGAACCUAUAUGGGCAUUAAAAUCUUCAUGAGCCAAAGCUUCACAUUUUAGCACUUUAGGAUAACUGUAGUAAUUGUACUCAUUUACCUACCUAAUUGGGAAGAAUUAAAAGGCAGCCCAUCUGGAGGAUAAGCUUUCUUGCAGACUUUUCCCUUGUCCCUCUCUGGCUGCCUCCUUGAGCUUGCCACUUUUUCAUCUUCAUUGUUCCCUGAGAACAUCUCCCCUUUCUUGCUCUAUCUUGCCCCUCCCAUCUUUUCCUGCCACCUCUGUGUGGGGAGGUUGAUGACCAUUUCACCUCUUUCCCUAGCCUCAGCACAGCUGUAAGGAGUGUAUCAAAACUGGGUGAGAGUAUCACUCAGAAAAAUGCCUCCCCUAACACACGGAUGUCUUGUGCUGCCUUGACUGCUUGAGGGGAGGAGCCUUCAUUAACUCUGUGUAGUGCAGGUACAGGACCACCUGUGCACUUCAGGGUACUUCUCGAGCUAGACCCUCCCGGAUCACUGCGCCUUAGGAAUGUUAGCUACUUUUUUAAAAAAAAUAUGAUUUGGUGCGUUGUUGGGGUGAACUCCAUGGGGAAGAUUGUGAGUGAAGAUGGGAAGGAAUUUGGGUGGUUUUGCCAUGAGGUGAUGGUUGGGGUUGGGCGAAUGGGUUGGAUGAUCCUGGCUCUGUGGGUGUGGUGCUGGGUUGCCUCCGGACAGUUGCAGUUCACCUUUGUGCAUGGUGGUUACCAGUCACUCUAGGGAUUGUAGGUCCCAACGGUGGUUCCAGCAGCCUGCACAGCUGGUACGAGGACAGCUGGAGGAGGGUCUGAUAUCCCUGCAAGUGAUGCAGGAUAAAACUUCCCGGCCGGGCGCGAUGGCUCACGCCUGUAAUCCCAGCACUUUGGGAGGCCAAGAUGGGCGGAUCACGAGGUCAGGAGAUCGAGACCAUCCUGGCUAACAUGGUGAAACCCCGUCUCUACUAAAAAUACAAAAAAAUUAGCUGGGCAUGGUGGCGGGCGCCUGUAGUCCCAGCUAUUCAGGAGGCUGAGGCAGGAGAAUGGCGUGAACGCGGGAGGCGGAGCUUGCGGUGAGCCGAGAUCAUACCACUGCACUCCAGCCUGGGUGACAGAGCAAGACUCCAUUUCAAAAAAAAAAAAAAAAAACUUCCCAAUAGGAGGUAUUCCUUGAUGGCUCUCGAAUGCAUGAAUGAUAUAUCAGUUUGAAGUUUCUCGACCUUUCCAUCAAGGAUCUUGAAUUUUUUCUCAAUUAUGCUUGCUAAUGUGUCAAAGGCCAAGUACACUGUAUCAAACUUGCCGUCUGUAAGAUGCAAGAUCAAUCUAGUGUUUCAGCCAGUUCACUACUGACAUCAGACUCAACUUUGUCCCCUCUCUUUCUUUUCAUGCAAGAGACUUUAAGGGUAACCUCUUCAGUUGAAACUGUCUUGGAAGUGCAGCCCUCCUCCUGUGUGGCUAGAGAAAGAGAUGGCACCAGGAUCUCUUAACGGCAAGUGCUCACGGGGCAUGGGUGAUUUUGUCUAGUCUGGUCCUUUUGGACGUGGUGAUUUCCUGUCAUCCUCGUGGUCUGACAUUGCUUCUCACUGGAUACUGGUUGUGGCCUUUGACUCAUUAGCUGAUUGUUGGAUCUCUUUGUGAGGUUCGAUUUUUUAAAAAUCCAUGGGUCCCUAUGGACUGUCGCCUGUUGCAGAUGAUGGUGAUUCUCUUCUUCUUUUUUUUGUCUCCAAUAGUUGCCUGGACGACUUCAUGGGUCAGUCCACAUGAUUGCAGGAUUUCCCAUUGCUCAUCUGUGAAUGUUGAUUGGCCAACCUGUCUGAGCUUUCAGCAGAUGCAUCCUUGAGCUUAGUUUCAGGAAUUCCUCCUGGAAUUGGUUUUCCUUGGUGGUAAUUUCUCAUGGUGGAGCUUGUUUCUGAGGCAUGGUACAGUGCUGCGGAGGCAAGGCAAGGCUGUCGUGGUGAUUUUCACAGCAUCUGGAUGGCAAAUUGCCUUCACGUAGGGAAACCACAUGGGACUGAUAGCUUUCUCAAGGGAUCUCCAAGCAUCUCUGAAUUUGGGGAUUUCAUCAGUUACUCCUGGAAUCAAAAUGAGUGUGGAGUCAUAAUAUAUAUAUUUUUUGAGACAAAGUCUCACUCUUUCACCCAGGCUGGAGUGCAGUGGUGCGAUCUCAUCUCACUGCAACCUCUGCCUCCUGGGUUCAAGUGAUUCUCCUGCCUCAGCCUCCCAAGUAGCUAGGAUUACAGGUGCGCACCACCAUGCCCAGCUAAUUUUUGUAUUUUAGUAGAGACGAGGUUUCACUAUGUUGGCCAGGCUGGUCUGAAACUCCUGGACUCAGGUGAUCCACCCACCUCAGCCUCCCAAAGUGCUGGGAUUACAGGUGUGAGCCACUGCCCCUGGCCUCAAAAUCUUUAAGGAAGUUAUUUAUCGUCACAAGUGUUGUCAUCUGUGACUCAUGGGCCACUUGAUGAACCUGAACCAUUAGUGGUUGUCCAGAUCCUCCAGCUUUUUCAGACAGUAUUCCAAUCAGGGUUUUAUGACAUCAGGGUAUCCCACCUUUUUUGCAACAUAGGCAGAAACACCAAGCUGUGGGUAAUUGAUGUGCGUGUCACUGAUUCCUGCAGCAGCUUUGAAUGUAUUAAAUCUGUUUUCAACAGCCUUUGCAUUGGUGUUAUCUCUCAAAUCUCUGUAAAGAGCACUAAGAGUUGUAGUGUUGCAUGAUAUAAUCCAAGCCUGUGGGCUGUGUCAUCCGGGAUUGUUGGAAUUUUGCAUGUGUCUGUUCCAUAUCCCACUGGUAACCAGCUUACAGACCUUUUGUCAGGUUGGCUUACAUUAUCAUCAACAGGUUGCCGUAGUGAUGAUAUGAUGCUGGACACAAUCAUUGUGCACUUUGUUAAUUUGGUAUGGUGGUGCCAUACAUUAUCACUGUACAGUAUUAACAAGGCUGGAAUAUGGCCCUCUGCUGUAGGGGGCGUGGCACCUGUGACUUGCACUGGAAUAAGUAGGAGGCUUUCCCCAAAGGAUAUGGAGACUGAUGUGUGCUCCAUACCUUGAGGGGAGCUCUCUUGGUUUCCUUUGGCUGGGUCUGUUAGUUACUUUUGAAGGCCAUGCCAACCCUUUUAGGCCAUUAAAUUUUUCUCAAACAAUAGCCAGCCUCAUUUCUGCUUCAUCUCUGUGGUAGGAACCAUUCCCUACUCUUACUCCCUCCUCUUGUCCAACUUCCACCAAACACUCAAUCCGAGUCCUGGCUGCUUUCUUGCUUAGGUCUGUGGCUGGUAACUGUGGUGAAAGAGUCAAGGUGGGCAGUGUUUGGGGUAGGAAAUGAGUAGAGGUGAAGCAGCAGCAGUGUGUGUGUGGGUGUGUGGGUGUGUGUGCAUGCGUGUGCAUUUGCAUGUGUGUAUGUUGACAAAUGAGAGUGUAGCCAUAAGAUUUCAUUGUUACUACUAGUCUUUGUGUACCUAUCUGGGGGGACAUUAAAAAAAUAUGGCCAUUCUCCCAUCUAGAGGGUUCCCAUCUCAGACUUCUCUGAUAAGAGUAAUUUGAGAACAAAUACAGAUUCAUCUAUGGGAAAAGAUGUUUAAACUCAGCAUGAAGGAGAAACAAAUUUAGGAGUGGAAAGCAAGGCAGGUAGUUAGGUGAUUCCAUGCCCACAUUUGCUUGGGCCAGGGAAGUGGUGCACCUCUUUUAUGACAAUGGGAGAUUUCAGAAACAGUUUGAGUGUUGGCAGACCAAUGCCCUGAUAAGCUUGUGGUAUAGAGGUAGGAAGGGAGGGAGGCCAGAGAUUAGAUAAAAUGAUGGUGGGUGGGAUCUUAGCUCUAAAUGAAAAGAACUGGACUUACUAAGUGGGUGGAUUACUUGCUAGCCAUAACUUUUAGGGAAGGGUAGGUCUGGAGAGAAGGUGAAGACCAGCAGAAAUAUACUGUGAAAUUGCCAAAUAUGUUUGGUUGCAGAAAACACAGCCUGGCUCUUUGUGGCUAGAUGUGACUUCCAACUUCUGAAGACAGGAUUGCCAAGAGAUGUGAUCUUUCCACAUACAGCUCCUGUCCCCAUCUCUUUAUGUGUAGAGACCUGGAUUUGGGGUAGUAGGGUAGUAAACCAUAUAUUUCCAAAAGACAGUGUGAAGAGUCACUGUUUCUCUUUGUCUGGGAUGUGAUUGGCUUUUGUUUUUUUGUUUUUUGUUUUUGAGACGGAGUCUCGCUCUGUCGCUUUGUCACCAGGCUGGAGUGCAAUGGCACAAUCUCAGCUCACUGCAACCUCCGCCUCCUGGCUUCAAGUGAUUCUCCUGCCUCAGCCUCCCGAGUAGCUGGGACUAUAGGCGCGCACCACCAUGCCCAGCUAAUUUUUGUAUUUUUAGUAGAGACGGGAUUUCACCAUGUUGGCCAGGAUGGUCUUGAUCUCUUGACCUCAUGAUCCACCCGCCUUGGCCUCCCAAAGUGCUGGGAUUACAGGCUUGAGCUACCACGCCCGGCUAGUGAUUGGCUUUUAAAUUAAUCAUAAAUGUUUGAUAAAAUUCUGGUAUGUGCUAAGUCCCAGGCUUGGUUGAUAUCUCAGACUAUGAUAGCUGUGACCUUCAAGAAAUUUCUGGCUUGGGGAAUCUGUAGUUUCUGGUUGUCCAAAAAAGAUAGUUCUUAGUCCUACUUUAUUUUCUACCCACUCAACUCUCCAGACUUCCCUCUUAGUAAAGGAAUUCGUAAUUCUCCCUGCAUCUUCUCUGUUUAUUUCAAUGUCCAUGUUCUGAGUCUCGAGUUUUCCUGAAGCAUAGGAGCAGGCUUGGCCCCAGAGCCCCUGGCUUUUUCAACGAGCAUCAGAAAUGCUAUCAAUAUAUUCUCUCUGUUGCUUUAUCAGCUUCUCUAAAUUUAUUUUGUAAGGAAGUUAGCACCUCCUUCCAGGACUUUAAACAGUUGUCUUUGCCAAUUUGUUCCUGGAUUUUCCUUGAACUUCUCAGGUUUCCAAGCCACAUCCUAGCAGGGCAUCCAGGAGCCUUGCACUGAACCUCUCAGCUCUUUUGACUUUCUUCUGGUCAUAGGUGUUGGGCCUCCCAUUAGGUAGAAGUCCUUUGAGCAGACCCGAAAUGGCCAAAUGAGACAUCAUCCAAGUUCCUCCCUCCUUUACUGUCUCGGCUUUUUCAAGCACCCCUUUCACCUCUCUUUUCUGCCUUUUCCUCAGUCUGUCAAGUUCUUUGGAGGAAAGAAGUUCUUGGUCAGAGGUCCUAAAACCACCACCAGCUGGGGGUGGUGAGAAUGGUGAAGAGUUGGACAGUCCCGGGGCUUUUUUGAAAGGGGACUUUAUGGUCAUUUCACCUGUUUAGGGUGAGGGACUAAGAAUUCUCAAGCCUUCAGUUUCAUCCAUAUUUCAGUGUAAGCAGAAAAGCACAUCUCAAAGCCAAAUAGAAAUGAUUUUCUACUAAGCCGAUAAAUCCUUUGUGAUUCUUGGUUCCCUUGGUCUCUUAAUAUUAAUUAUAGAGAAUGGGCAGUUGAGUCAGUUAACAUCUUUUCAUCAGAAAGGAGGGUAAUAUUCAUAACCAAAAGAGAUGUAAAGGAAGUAUAUUACUGCUUGAAGUGUGAAAAGAGGAAAGGAGUGUUAUGUGAACCUUUUCAAUAGGGAAAUUCAGAAAAUGGAAUGAUUCAUCUAUAGGCAUAAUUCUUUUAGGAGAUUCUGUGCUCAAAGGGAAGGGAAUGGUUUCUGAUCCUUCUGAAGAGAAAAGGAAUAGCAUUUUUCUUAAACCUAACCCAGUUUCAGCAUUGGAGAAUACAGAACUUUUUCUUCUAGCUGAUGGCAUUAAUAUUUCUUGAGAGAGAGAACCCACCCACGGCACUUUUCUGAGCCCAGCAGAAAUCAGCGGAGCUUGGGCUUCGCUUAGCAGGUUUGCAAUUGACUUCAACAUGCAGGCUUUUCACAUGUGCAAUAAUGCUGGAAACAGAAGCACCAAACUGAUUGUGCAAUUACUCCUUUUGUAGAAGAGGCCAAAAUCCUCCUCCUCCUUCCUUUCUCCUAUAUUCACUCCUCCAGGAUCAUAAAGCCUCCCUCUUGUUUAUCUGUGUCUGUCUGUCUGAUUGGUUAGAUUUGGCUGCCCUUCCAAGCUAAUGGUGUCAGGUGGAGAACAGAGCAACCUUCCCUCAGAAGGAGACAACUCGAGGUGCUGGUACAUUUCCCUUGUUUUCUAUGUUCUUCUUUCUAGUGGGUCUCAUGUAGAGAUAGAGAUAUUUUUUUGUUUUAGAGAUUCCAAAGUAUAUAUUUUUAGUGUAAGAAAUGUACCCUCUCCACACUCCGUGAUGUAAAUAGAACCAGGAAUAAAUGUGUCAUUGUGAUAAUCCCAUAGCAAUUUAUGGUAAGAACAAGACCCCUUUCCCUCACCACCGAGUCUCGUGGUCUGUGUCUGUGAACCAGGGCAGGUAAUUGUGACACUGCAUCUCAUAGGCCUCUGCCUGCCCAGAUUUUUGUGUGCUCACCUCAGUGGGUGAAAAAUAAAGUCUGUGUAAACUGUU